AUGUCCUCUGGUGUUUCACUGCCCGACAAGGUGCCAACUCCGGCAGUGCAUGCUGGCCAUAGCACCUCGUUCCCGCUUCCCACCCUCCCUGCCUCCGCAUCGCCUGCUUCGACCAGCGCCCUGCCCCCGCUCCCGCCGGGCCUAAGCAACAAAGGACUCAGUCCUGAAAUGGAGGAAAUCCUGCGCGAGCAAGCCCGGGUCGAACAGUUGCUGGGGCAGGUGGAGGCCGAAAUUGCCAAACGUGAAGAUGACUACUUCGAACGGACUGCGCACGGCAACAUUGUGCGGGGGUGGGAGGGUGUUUUGGAUAACAAGCCCCCACCCAAGCGUAGGUACGAAGGAAGAGAGCGUGUUUUCACGUGGUCAAGCUACACGUACUGGUCCCGGCACGGGGCAGGGGCGCAAUUGCAAAAGCAAACCAGCGACGCCUCUUUGGACGGAUCGAAGGGCUUUGCGGACGGGGAAGAAGGCGUGAAGCGGAACCGUGUGUCUGUGGUGAUGCCAAGCCCACGGGACCCGAAAGUGAUGGCGGCAAGGAGGCGAAAGAAACGGCAGCAACAGCGUCGAAAUCAUGCCGGCAUGGGGGAAAGCAGCGAGGACGACGAAGAGAUGUUCAUGUAA